GGGGGAGCUCACCUCCAGCCUUACGAUUCCAAGUUGUUAGCAGUCACCUGUUUAUGCCCAAGUCACCAGCACAGGUUUUUUUUUCUGUCCCGUCCACCCCACCCCCCAUCAUCGGUCGCGCGCUCACGUUUGAUUGGGUAACGUCAAGAGAAGUGACCCCCCCCCAAGUACCGUUAAGGUAGGGGGGAGAGAAGCGCGAGAGAUCGCUUCGUCCCUUCUUAAUACGCAGGCGCGGUGUUGAGUUCAGACCAGAGUGUUCGGAACAGCGAGCGGCGCGAGCAACAGGGACCGCAACUCACUCGCCGCUUGGGGAGGGCUCGGCUACGGGCGGGUCUUAGCGCCGCCCGUCACGGUCCCGCCCCUCCAGCGCCACCCCCACACGCCCCUCACCCAAGCAGAGCGAUGAGCGAGAGCCUUGCUGCUGCGACGACGACGACGGGCCCGUCGCGGCGAAUUAACUCCCCAUGUUUCCCUGUGGAGCCACGGCAAAGACUCUGGAGAGCAGCGUUCCUUCUUUGUUAGCUCUGCAGUCCUUGCUCCUGAGGCUUGAGGAGGACGAGGCGAGAAAAGGAGAGUUCUGUGUGGCGGUGGCUGCUGCUUCUGCUGCGAGAGACAGAACGCGCUUAACGAGCAACCGGAACCAGGAAAACUGCUGGGAUUUAAUAAUACAGGCUUUUCUGAGGGAUGGUGUGUGCCUGAAGGAGAAUCUGGGAAAAGAGGGAGAACAAAGUGAGGAGGGCAAAAAGACUCGCCAGGGGGCACUUCUUUGGGGUCCUCUUUCUUAACCUCCGACCCCUCCUGUCUGAGGAAGGGGGACUUGUUGUUGCUGCUGCUUGAAACUGACCUUUGGAGACUUGGGAUCUACAAAAAAGCGACAUCUUUCUUCCUCCUGCUCACUGGAUUUUCAUUGCCUUCACCUUUUUUUUUUUAAACACUUUAAGGAUACCUAUAUACAAAUAACGUUCAUAGUUCAUAACUUAUCCCAGAUGGCCAAUUCCCUCAAUGGCCGGAACCCAGGUGGCCGAGGAGGAAACCCCCGCAAAGGGCGUAUUCUGGGCUUCAUUGAUGCUAUUCAGGAUGCAGUUGGCCCCCCCAAGCAAGCAGCUGCUGAUCGCAGGACUGUAGAAAAAACUUGGAAAUUAAUGGAUAAAGUGGUGAGACUUUGUCAGAAUCCCAAACUUCAGUUGAAAAACAGCCCCCCUUAUAUACUUGAUAUUUUACCAGAUACCUAUCAACAUUUGCGGCUUAUAUUGAGCAAGUACGAUGACAACCAGAAACUUGUGCAGCUCAGUGAAAAUGAAUAUUUUAAAAUCUAUAUUGACAGUCUCAUGAAAAAAUCAAAACGGGCUAUAAGACUUUUCAAAGAGGGAAAAGAGAGGAUGUAUGAAGAGCAGUCACAGGACAGGCGAAACCUCACAAAACUGUCCCUCAUCUUCAGUCACAUGCUUGCAGAAAUCAAGGCAAUCUUCCCUAAUGGCCAGUUCCAAGGUGACAACUUUCGUAUCACAAAAGCAGAUGCUGCAGAAUUCUGGAGGAAGUUUUUUGGUGAUAAAACCAUAGUGCCUUGGAAGGUAUUCCGUCAGUGUCUGCAUGAAGUACAUCUGAUUAGUUCUGGUUUGGAAGCAAUGGCUUUGAAAUCUACCAUUGAUUUAACUUGCAAUGACUACAUUUCAAUUUUUGAAUUUGAUAUCUUCACAAGAUUAUUUCAGCCUUGGGGUUCAAUAUUAAGGAACUGGAACUUCUUAGCUGUGACGCAUCCUGGAUAUAUGGCAUUUCUGACUUACGAUGAAGUUAAAGCACGGUUACAAAAAUACAGCACCAAACCAGGAAGCUAUAUUUUCCGAUUAAGUUGCACUCGAUUAGGACAGUGGGCCAUUGGAUAUGUUACUAGCGAUGGAAAUAUUUUACAGACAAUACCUCACAAUAAGCCUUUAUUUCAAGCUCUGAUUGAUGGCAGCCGGGAAGGAUUCUAUCUGUACCCAGAUGGGCGGAGUUAUAAUCCAGAUUUGACAGGACUGUGUGAACCAACCCCACAUGACCACAUAAAAGUUACACAGGAACAAUAUGAAUUGUACUGUGAAAUGGGUUCCACAUUCCAGCUUUGUAAAAUUUGUGCAGAGAAUGACAAAGAUGUGAAGAUUGAGCCUUGUGGGCAUCUGAUGUGCACAUCUUGUCUUACAGCAUGGCAGGAGUCUGAUGGUCAGGGAUGUCCAUUCUGCCGCUGUGAAAUCAAAGGAACUGAACCCAUAAUUGUGGACCCCUUUGAUCCCCGAGAUGAGAACACAAGGUGCUGCAGUAUUAUGGAUAGUUUUGGUAUACCCAUGUUUGACUUGGAUGAUGAUGAUGACAGAGAAGAAUCCUUAAUGAUGAAUCGAUUAGCUGCUGUGCGCAAGUGUAAUGAGAGACAGAAUUCCCCUGUGACGUCUCCAGGAUCUUCUCCACUUGCACAAAGAAGAAAACCACUUCCUGAACCCGUCCAAGGACCUCAUCUUAGCCUCCCACCAGUGCCUCCUCGACUAGAUCUAAUUCAGAAGGGAGUUGCUCGAUCCCCUUGUGCCAGCCCCACUAGCUCACCAAAGUCGUCUCCAUGUAUGAUGAGGAAACAAGACAAGCCUCUUCCAGCACCACCACCACCUGUACGUGAUCCUCCUCCACCUCCACCAGAAAGACUCCCGCCUGUUCCACCAGAUAAUAGAUUAAGCAGACACUUGCAUCUUCCUGAAAGUGUGCCUUCCAGAGAUCAGCCUAUGCCACUUGAAGCCUGGUGCCCUAGAGAAGUGUGUGGGACAAAUCAUAUAGCAGGAUGUCGAAUAGUAGGAGGUGACAGUUCUCCCAAAUCUGGACUCACGGCAAGCUCAAAUAUUAAUGGAAGGCACUGUCGAAUGGGUUCUGAUCCAGUAUUUCUGCGAAAACACAGACGCAAUGAUUUGCCUUUAGAAAGUGCCAAGAUAUUUUCAAAUGGCCAUCUAGGAAAUGAAGAAUAUGAUAUUCCACCUCGCCUAUCACCAUCUCCCCCAGUUGCCUCAGUCAUGCCAAAUAUGAAGUCUUCUGUUCCUGUUAAAAAUUCCCUCCCUGACAAAGCAAGGGAGCAUGUAGAAGAAGACGAAUACAAGAUUCCUUCAUCCCAUCCUAUUUCUUUGACUUCACAGUCACCUCAUUGUCAUAAUGUAAAGCCACACAUUCGUGUAUGUGAGAAUGGUCAGUGCUCUGGAAUAAUUAAUGAAACACACAAUGCUGUCUCUGAAAUGAAAAGAUUGAAACAUCCAGAGAUGGGAGAUACCUUUGAACCUACUGUCCCAAUACCAUUACCACCUGCACGGCCUCCUUUGAGGGAAAACUUGAAACAUGGCUCAGUACUCAACAAAACUCCCUCUGAUUAUGACCUGCUUGUGCACCUUCCAGGCGAAGAUGAAUCUGACAACUCACCACCCUCGCUUCCCCCUCCACCACCUCCUGCGCGCCACAGCCUCAUUGAGCAAUCAAAGCCACUCGUUGCAGGAAGCAGGCCACUUUCGGGACAUGAACUAUACCUUCCUCCUGCAGAUAUCUUCUUUGAUCCUGUAAGUGGCUUAGUUCCUUUACCUCCAGUUCGAAGAUUAACCGGCGAAAAUAUGAAAACCCACAGAACAUCCCAGGACUAUGACCAGCUUCCAUCUUGUUCAGAUGGUUCACAAGCACCAGCCAGACCUCCUAAACCACUUCCUCGCAGGACUGCUCCAGAAAUACACCUUAGGAAGGCACAUAAUUCUGACACAUCUAUAGAAAGUGUUGAUGCAAAAAUUGCAAAACUUAUGGGAGAAGGUUAUUCCUUUGAAGAAGUGAAGCGGGCACUUGAAAUAGCCCAGAAUAACCUUGAUGUAGCACGGAGCAUUCUAAGAGAAUUUGCCUGCUUUCCUCCAACAAUAUCCCCACGUCUCAAUCUAUAGCAGUAUGGAAACCUUGCAGCAAGCCAAUACUUCAUAUUUGUGAGUGUGAACAUGACAGCUGUUGUGCAAGAGCAAAACCAGGAGAAGUUCUUCUUUAGGCAUCUUCAAAGAGUAGAGUUCCAGCAGUUUUUCAGGAAAAAAACAAAACCCUGCUCCAUUCAAGACAUAAGUGGAUAUAAUCUGUAUUUUUGCUAGCCAUACUUUUUUGAAUCAGGGUUGAACUGACAAAUAAUUUAAAGAUGUUUACUUCCCAUAAACUUUUAAUCUGUGAAAUGCUUUUUUCAUGUUUACAAGGUGGUGAGUGAUCAUUUUCAAGCUGAUAUUCCUCCUGUGUUCUUGUUCAUAUUUUCUAUUCUCGUGUAGCAUUUCCAGCUGUUUUUGUACUGACUUGUCCCAUCAACUAAGUCACUUAUUUCUUCUCUCCAUUUUUCUUUUUCAAGAAGCUUUAAUUUUUAAAAAAAAAAUAUUUUUGCAUUUUAGCAUCCAGCAAAUGCAAGAAAAAAUGUGGCCUUCACUACUGAUUUUUUUUUCUUCUGGUGUAUCUUUGCUACUUAGAGAGAGAAAAUUGAAUGUGUAAUACAUUGUUUUGUCUUUGGUCUGCCUUUGGGAGCAUUUUGACUGCAACUGUGGGCAGCUUUACUUUUACACAUGACCAGUAAUCUUCAAGGUCUAGAUGGCUUCUAUAAUAAAAUAAAUUAAAAUCCACAAUAUUAAAAAGCAUUAUAUGAUAGUUUCCCAGAAAAGUAAAUCAUAUCUAGAACAUAUACUAAAAAUCCAUUUGUACAUGUUGCAGAUUAGCCCUUCAUUCCAUUGAUGAUCUUGAUAAAAGGUGCCCUUGUUAUUCAUGCCUUGAAUAUCAUCAGGCAUGCCAAACAGAUCCAUUGUAUUAGCAGUGGCCUGAUAGAUUACACUUCUGGAAAGCGGGGUGGAGUUAAUUUCGUGUGUGUUUGAUUAUUCUCUGAUUCAUCACAGGUUUGGGAACAACUUCAUUUUAACACAGGAACCUAAAUCUUUGCACUGUUGAGUCCUGAUGCUACUAUAGCACUAUUUUUGCAAAGCUUCUUAUUAAUUCACAUUAUUACCUUAAAAGUUCAUUCAGUGCCCAGAUCAACUGACUGCACAGUAUCUGCAUUCUUGCAGAUACCUUAAAUCUUUUUGUCUUGAGUUCAUAGUGGUACCCUACACUGUGACAUUUCAAAGCACAAGCCAAAUCAAGACCUUCAACUCCUUAAAUUAGUUAUUCUUAUCCAGAAUAAUUCCAGAUAUGCUUUCAUUUCAUUUCUUCCUCAUGUAGAUAUUUCGUUUCACAUACACUCCCUGAAGUUGUAGACCUGGGGUGGACAGAGUGGUCUGAAUACAACUUGUGAGAUAGGGAAAAUGUAUAUCCCCUUUUGGGGUGCAAUCCAUAAAAGCUGUUGUGCAGUACACCUUUCCCAGGGGACCUGGGGAUCUUGAGCCCAGUGUUUGACUCAGCAUACUCUUCACUGGCCGCUCGGAUGCUACAAUAAUGUUUAGAGUAGAAAUGGGGAAGGUGUGGCUCUUCAAAUGUUGACUGGCGGCUGGCUGCACCUGAUGGAAGCUGGAGUUCAACAAUAUAUAUAUAUCCCUCAUGGAGAGCCUUCUGAUCAGUGGGGACAGAGGCAAAAGUUUUGCAGGCAUGGAUGUGACUCUUACCUUUGUACAGUAGGCUACCCUUCAGCAAUGCAAAGUCAGAGGUUUGCUUGCAUGCACGCUAGCAUAGCACACACCUACCUACCUCCAUCCAGGCAACCAAGACCACUGUUCAAGGACACAUUUCAGAUAAGUUGAAGCACUUGAGGAGAGCAUGGAGCAGGGUCAGUGAGGGGUGUCGCCUAGGUAUGGGAGGGCUCAGGGAGAAUCCCAUGGCCAAACGGAGAGGCCUGGAGGGUCACAUUCAACCCCUAGGCCUAGAGAUUUCCUCACCCAUGGUUUAGAGCCGGUAUAAGACACCCAAAUAAUUCUGCAGACUCUUCAGCCCUGUCAACCACCUUACAGCUCAGGGAUAUGUGACAUCUACAACAUCACCUGGCCAGAUGGUUCAACACCUGAUCAAACUGUUUUGACUGUUAUAAAAACAGAUGCAAUCACUCCUAUGAACCUCUGCUCCUUACUGCAUGAUGGCCAGUUGAAAGCACUGCAAGAGGAGAAUUAGGAGCUCGGCCUCCAAAUUUAAGGCAGUGAGCCAUUUUCCAGAGACCAGGGGUAUCAUAACUUGUGGCUCACAUCCUCAGCCCUUUCACUUGGGACAGUUUUUGGAAGGUAUCUCACCUAGCAACUCUUCAUCACAACUCCACAUUUAAUUGUGGAGCUCUAGCUCAUUCUUGCCAAAAGUUAAUAGAAUUACAUUGAAACUCACAUAACUCCUAUGUUCUUUCACAAAGAUCUGAACAUAUGACAUACCCACUUCUAAACUUCAAAAGGUAAUUCUGAGCAAUCGUAGUUGGCUAUUUUCUUAGUUCUCAUGAAGACUCAAAUUAAGGCUAUAAAAGAUCUAAGAAUGGUCUUGAGCCUCCUUUUAAUACAUAAAACCUUUGUUGAUAUUCUGCUAAGGUAGAACUUGCAGUUCUACAGAAAACGUAAGUUAAAGUCUGCCAACUUUUAAAAAAUACUUAAUUUUAACAACAAAAAAGACUGCUUCUCAGGAAAAGAUCUCUACUUAACAGCAGAGAAUAAUAGUUUCCCCCCCCUUGCAUUUAUCAUUGGAGAAUAGGAAAAAGACUAGUUCUACUCUCCUAAACUGCACAGUGUAUGUGUUCAUGGGAUGGCUUUUGGACUAAUUCCUAUGGAUGAAGGGUGAAAAUACUAUUCUAGCUCAACAUAGUCAUAAUCUGUCCAAGUCUGUAUCUAAUGAAUCCAGGAUUCAUCAAGCAAGAUAGUUCUUGAAGAGGUUGAAAGGGCAUAUCCCAGUGAAGAAUGUUCACGCAAAUGACUCCACCGUCUAAUACCCAUCCCAUGGAUGUCAGAAUGGUCAUGAGAAGCAUUUUUAUUAAUAUAGCCAUGUGGAAUUAACUCCUUGAUGGAUUGGUUAUUGCUCUCAAAUUAGCAGCUUUAAGAAUAAUAUAAGAAUCCUAUUCUGUAAAAGGUCUCUGCAUUUCCAUAGAAGGACUUGUUUCUACAAGUGUAUACAUGUAUUUAAGCACACAGUAUUGUGUUUGAUAGCACAUAAUCCCCAAUGAAUCAGAGUUUGGAAGAGUGUUUAAACUACUAGAUGAGAACUGUGGUCCUGUUUCUGCAUCAGGACUCAUUCAAGAGCUUUAAUAUCAUUUUAGCUUUUUCAGUUUUGUGCUAAACAAUUCUAGAAUUGCUGAAUCAGAUGAUGGGGCCCAUCAACGCAGAUAUCUUCAAACAACAUGUAGUGCAAACAAACUCAACAUCAUUAAAAAGUAAAUGAGCUGCCAUUUAAGUGGCUUGUCAAUAUCCUUAAAUAGCCACUAGUCUUAUGUCAGGUUUGCUUGUGUCCCAAGUGUAUGUCUGAGGAUUUUUCAUAAUGUGAAUUUAUUAGUACCAGAAUCAUUUCCAGCUUGAAGCUUUACUUUGCACUGACUUGGUAAAUAUUUUAAUUUGUGUCUUAAAGCUUGACAAAUUUGGAAGCAGAUAAGUGUGUUUUUAGUCAGGUACUGUCUGUUGACCUGGAAUGUAGUGUUUUUAGGACUGGUUUCUUGAAAAGACUGCAAUAGUUUCCAUUUUUGAACGUUUAUCUUCUAAAUAACUAUUUUAUCUGAAAAAAAGCCUUUUUAUAAACUUGUCUAAUGUGGCAAACAUAGUGAUGUGAUCAAUUUAUAUUUUAUUCAAC